ACAAACAUAUUGAAGUAUUGAAGCAGCUCGUUACGUGCGUGCAUAGCAAACAUAACUUGUUCAAAGAAACAAAAUAUAUAAAUCGAAACUCGCCGCACUUGUAGUCAUUAAAACAAGCAAACAUGUCACGGUUUCGGAAUGCAAUUGCUUUGGCAUUGCCACUGCUGUUGGCCACCGCCAAUGCCAGCUAUCAGUCCAAUAUGUUCCUCAACGGACAAUACCAGAACGAGAUUAAGUCGCAGCCCGAGUCGCACUUCUCGGUGAAUCCAAUGACAAAUGUAUUUCUGCAUCAUGCGGUGAUCAGUCGACAGGCCUCACCCUUCCAGGCGCCAACAUAUUUGCCACCGCUGGAGCAGCUCAAGUGCUACAGUGGACAGCAGUGUGUGCGACAGGAUCAGUGCCAGAAUGGAUACUUUAGCCAGCAGCUGCCCAAGCUACAGAGCUGCAAUCCUGAAUUGCACGUCUGCUGCAGCUACCGCGCACCAGCGACCACCACCACAACAAGAAGAACUACCACGCCCACACCCUACGCCAGCUGUCCACGUGACUCAGACUGUGUAGCACCAGAAGAUUGUCGCAAUGGUGAAAUCAGCGCCAUUAAUUAUGUCAAAAAGCAAGGGUCAAGCCGCUGCUAUGCGCCCGAUGUUUGCUGCCGCAUGCCCUCGACCACUUUAACCGAGGAUGGCUACAUCUUCAAUUUGCCCGAGAAAACCUUCCCGCUGCCCACGAAUCCCACUGUGCCCGCUGAGCGCACCACACAGCCCAUUUAUCGUCCACGCCCCACUACGACGCCUGCGCCACGCCCCACCAAUGCGUAUUUGCCGCCCAGCACCACGCGUCGCACCACACAGGCGCCCACUUAUCGCCCACAGACCACACAGGCGCCCACUUAUCGCCCAGUGACCCAAGCGCCCACCUAUCGUCCAAUUACGCAGUCGCCCACUUAUCGUCCAGUUACACAAGCGCCCACUUAUCGUCCCAUACCCACCACGCGUCGCCCCAACAAUGGUUAUUUGCCACCUGUGCACACCAAUGAGAUUCCACACCGCGAGCCACGCCCCACACAGCCACCACGCUAUGAGCCCGAUCGUGUGCCACAGCCCUCUAAUGAGAAACCCAUUUACCGCGGCGAGGAUCAGCUGUCGCCACAGAUAUUCCCCACGCCCAAUGUAGCGCCUGGGCCCAAACACUUUGCCAAGUGCGCUUCCGCUUUGGUGUGCACCGCUGAGAACUACUGCAAUGCCAUUGGCGUGCUGAGCGAGACGCCUGUGCAGCUGUCGCCCAUGGAGGCAGCGUUCCGUGUGCCGCUAACCGAUUGCCAGAUUGCUGAUAGCGGUGCGCCCGGCAAGUGUUGUCGCGAUCCCAACUACGUUGAUCCAUGGCCAGUGAAUCUUGCAGGCGUUUGCGCCACACACAACAAGCGCACCAGCCCCAAGGGCAUUAAGGACAUUGAUGCCAACUUUGCUGAGAUUCCAUGGCAGGCAAUGAUUGCACGCGAGUCCAGCAAGACGCUGCUCUGCGGUGGUGCCAUUAUUGGUGAUGAAUUCGUGCUGACCUCAGCUAGCUGUGUGCAAGGCGUGCCUGUAAGCGAUGUGCGUGUUAAGGCUGGUGAAUGGGAGCUGGGCAGCACCAAUGAGCCACUGCCCUUCCAGCUGAUUGCAGCCAAGUCCAUUGAACUGCAUCCUGCUUACGAUCCCGCCAGCAGAGCCAACGACAUGGCUAUUAUACGCUUGGAGAAACGUUUCGAGUUCGCCUCACACAUACAGCCCAUUUGCAUUAGCGAUGUGGAUCCAGCAGCGUCAGAGCAGUGCGUUACCACCGGUUGGGGCAAGCAGGCGCUCUCAAUUCAUGAGGAGGGCGCUGUUAUGCAUGUGACCACCACAUCGACGCAAGCGCGCAGCGACUGCGGCGCCGAUGGCAGCAGCGUUUGCAGCGCCACCAAAUUCGAUGCCUGCGAAUUUGAUGUGGGCAGCGCGUUGGCCUGCGGCAGCGGCUCCAGUGUGCUGCUCAAGGGCAUCUAUAGCGGCGAGAAUACUUGCGGUGAGAAUCAAUCGGUGCGCUUCUCCAAGCCCGACGUCAAAUGGAUCAAUUCGCAGUUUGCUGAGCGCAGCAAGCCGCUGCUGCUUAAGCGUUUUUAAACAAUAAUCAAAAAUGUAACCGUUGCAAACGUUUUUUUUUUUAUAUAGUUGAACUAUUUUUAAUUUAGCCAACUUUUGCACUGCUGUUAUACGUACCGCUAAUCCACACACGCCCCCACCCACCCACUCACUCACACACCCACACACUCGCUCGCCUACUCCUCCCAUUUUCUAAUUUAUUCGAAACUACAGUUUGCACUUUGCACUGUUAUUUCAACAAUAAUUCUUUUAAUUUGUAACUGCCAGCGAAAUUAUUACAAAAAAAUAGUUUGCAACACUACGUAGAAGUCGUUCAGCAAGUUGUAAAAUAUUUUAAUUUUAAGUCUAGGUUGCCAAGUAACAAAACAAAAAAAAACGCACAAAAAAAAUUAAGCAAAACUUUCACUCACUUUCACUAAAGAAUAUUGAGAUUAUACACACAUAAUAUACAUAAACUUAGCCUUAUUUUUGCAUUAUAUAUUUUUCUCUCACACACACACACAACUCGAAAAACAAGACAUAGCCUAAAGCUCUAAUUUUGAUUAAGAGCUCCUUCCUAUAUCGUAUAAAUAUAUAAUGUAAUAAUGUUAAAAUACAAAAAACAUGUUGUAUAAAGUGUC